GGAACCCUCAAACAUAUCUGUUGGAUUGGGUCAUAUUGUUGGUGUGAGCAAUGUCUUUCAAUCCUGGGUUCGCCUCUGGAUCCGGGUGACACUUUUGAAGAAUCCGAACAACAUAGAUUCCGGAGCUCAUACAAGUCAAAACUGUCUAAAAACUGGCACUUAGUAGCUUUCUGUUUGCAUUCUUGUUAAUAAUUAAAGCAGGCCAAAAUCUUCUUGUUACAACAUAUUCUCUAGCCAAAUGAGUGAAGACACAGUACUCUGUGAUAACUCCAAUAAAACUAUGUAAUAUAAAUCAAAUCAUACCAAAUCCUUCAUUUUCAAAGCCUUCAAUCAUGGCACAAAAAAAUGAUCAAGUACUCCAUGUAGUUUUCAUUCCAUACUUGACACCAAGUCACAUGAUCCCUUUAGUUGAUACAUCUAGACUUUUUGCUAGUCAUGGUGUCAAAGUUAGCAUCAUCACCACCCCCUACAAUGCCCUCCUUUUCGAAUCAACAAUCGAUCAUGACAUUGAUUUAGGCCACAAAAUCUUCAUCCACAAACUCAAAUUUCCAUCUGAUGAAGUAGGCUUACCAGAAGGGAUUGAAAACUUCAGUGUUACCACUAGUCAAGAAAUGGCUAUAGGUGUAUUUAUGGGAAUUGCUUUGCUUCAAAAACCAAUGGAAAGUCUUAUUUUCGAGCUACGUCCUCAUUGCAUUGUAUCAGACAUGUUUUUCCCAUGGACUGUGGAUGUAGCAGAGCAACUGAAGAUUCCUAGACUUACGUUUUAUCCGACUAAUGUUAUGUACCAUUGUGUUGAACAUUGUUUGAAGUUGUAUACACCUCAUGAGAAGGUAAGUUCGGAUUCAGAAUGUUUUAAGGUUCCGGGAUUACCAGAUGAGAUUGAAAUGAAAAGAUCUCAACUACCCGAAGAUGUGAAAAACAACCCUGAAGGACCAUAUUGGGAGUUGUUGAAGAGAAUUAAAGAAUCAGAACCGCGGAGCUAUGGUAUGAUUCAUGACACUAUCUAUGAUCUAGAACCGAGUUAUGCUGAGCUUUAUCGAAAAAUCAAAGGUAAAAAGCCGUGGCUUAUUGGACCUUCGUUUCAUUUUUCAAAGAGAAACAAUUCGAGAAGUAGUCCAGAUCAAGAGCGACAUAGCUGCUUGAGUUGGCUUGAUUCUCAAGAAUCAAACUCUGUUGUGUACAUUUGUUUUGGAAGUAUGGGAAGGUUUUCGGAUCCUCAGCUUACUGAAAUUGCCUUAGCUCUUGAGGCCUCGAAUUCGACCUUUCUUUGGGUGGUAAGAAAGGGAGAUAACACAUAUGAAAGUUGGCUCCCAAUUGGGUUUGAGGAAAAUAUGUUUGCAAACAAGAAAGGUUUGAUAGUUAGAGGAUGGGUGCCACAGCUGAAGAUCUUGAACCAUCCAGCAACCGGAGCGUUCAUGACUCACUGUGGCUGGAAUUCCACUUUGGAGUCUCUUACAUCCGGAGUGCCAAUGCUGACAUGGCCAUUGUUUGCGGAGCAGUUCUACAAUGAGAAACUGGUGGAGGUACUUGGAUGUGGAGUCAGGGUCGGGGCAGAGGUGUGGCAUAUUUCAUUUGACAUCACGGAUACGAUUGUGAAGAAGGAGAAGAUAGAGGCGAGUGUGAAAAUGUUGAUGAACGCCUCUAGGGAAAGUGGAAAGAUCAGAAGUAGAGGAAAAGACGUCGAAGCAAUGAUUAAGAGGGCUGUGGAGGAAGGAGGUUCAUCUUAUAAUCAUCUAACUGCAUUAAUACAGGAGAUGAAGUCUCAUGCUUUUGGCAUAUCAGAAGAGUAA